CACUUUACACGGACUUAGCCGUGCUCAGUCGCUGUGGUAAUUGCAAGACGUUAAUGACAAUGACCAAAUUAGGAAGUGUGUAUGAGGUAACAAUGUAAGAGCUAAUGCAGGAUAUCCAUGUAGGGUGGUACAAAAGAGUAUAUAAACGCGGUUGGGUGUGGCUAUAACCAGACAAUCUCAAACCUUUAAGAAGACUUACAUCUCUACGAGAAAGGGGGCUAAUAGACUGGAGAAAACAACACUGGAGACGCUGCUCAAACUUUCAGGACAGCCUGGCUGAUAUAUCAUACAUCCAUCCCAUAUCAGUGGUUAACCUUCAUUCGUUUACAUAAUUUGCAUAAUUUGCAGAAUUUGACUCAGACAUAGCUGUCUUUUGCAAUCCACCUUCCUCAUCAUCUGAGCUCUGAUCUUGAGCAUCAGUCUUUCUCACCAUGUCCAACUAUCAGUCCACACAAACCCCUAAUGAAACAGCUUACAAGUCUAUCAUGAGAGGCUUGAGGGAACUAGACUUCCGGGUCUCUGUUCCCUGUAAGCUGGUUCUGACCGGAGACCACGCCUUUCCUUUAGCAGUGAACAGUCAAGGCCAGGUCCUGAUGGCUGCCUCUGUGUAUGGCUCUGGAAGGAUUGUGGUCCUGGGUCAUGAGAGCUACCUGACUGCCUUUCCUGCUCUGGUAGAGAAUGCUCUGACUUGGCUGAGGGGAGAUGGAUCUGAAAACCUGUCUGUGGGGGUCCACAAAAAUGUCAAGGCAAUUACUGACAACCUCAGCAACUCCAUCUUCCAAGCCAAAGUUGUCGAGGCCUACAGUGACAACCUGGGUGUAGGUGUGUAUGUGACUGAUGCCUACAGUGUGGGUGCGAACGUGAAGGACCUGGUGGCAUUCAUGAAAGCUGGAGGAGGAGUGCUGAUAGGGGGUCAGGCGUGGUACUGGGCUCAAAGUCACACUAAGAAGAACGCACUGGUUGAGUUUGUAGGGAAUAAGGUUUCUGGUGUUGCAGGGAUCUACUUCACCAAGCACACUGGUGAGGCAGAGUGUCUGCCUGUCUAUCCACAGAUCCCAUUUUCCUGGAUGGCUGUAGUAAUCGGUAAGGAUUUUGAGGAUGACCUAGAGUUCUUACUUCAGGGGGUGUCAGAGUUUGACCUCCAAGGUGGAUCAAUUGCUUCUGAAGUUCUGGUCCACGGCCCGCUAGCCUUUCCCAUUGGGACCACAGGCGAUGGACGAGCAUUCCUGGCGGGAGCCUACUAUGGGCAGGGACGGGUCAUUGUGGUUACACAUGAAGGAUUUCUAGGACGAGAGACACUGGCUCCAUUGUGGAUCAAUGCCAUUCACUGGUUGGAUGAAGGCCGGCAGGGGGUCGUUGGUGUAGAGCCCGGCUACGUAGUCGACACCCUCAGCAAGUCAGGGUUAAACUGUGAGAAGUCAAACUUCAGGAAAGACCUGAGUGUGUUUGUGUGUACAGCAUACAGAGAUGAUCAUGCACAGGAAAUCCAAGACUUUGUGGCAGAGGGAGGAGGCCUGCUGAUUGGUGGACAUGCCUGGUACUGGGCACAGACACACCAUGGGCAAAAUACAUUAACGGAUUUCUCAGGAAACAAGAUCCUGAACAAAAUGGGCUUGAGUCUGUUGGGGGCAACAAUUGGUGGAGGAUUAUACAAGGCCCCUGUUCCUAGCCAGGUCAUCAAAGACACCUACCACUUCCGCCACCUUCUACAUCGCUUUGCUGGCUAUGUACUCCAGGGGGACGUACUUAGCAAGCAUGAAGAGGAAUGUCUUACAAAGCUGGGCCAGGACUGUGCCAACUACUUGCAUAUGAAUGCUCAUGACUCCUUCUGCUAUGCACAAGUGGUGUCCACUCUCACUGACAUGUUAAAUUCGAGCAUGCCACAGGUGUGUGACAGCUGCCCUGUGAAGAGUCCCAAAGACCACCUGCUCCUCAAUGUGGCGACAGAGGUAUACAAGGUUUCCAAGGAUCCUGAUGCCCUACUGCCCUACAUCAUCAAGAAUAACCCCUUGAUGCCCGUUGUCUACAACCACAGAAUCAAGAUUGAUGUGAACACAGCAGAAGGGGACGAGUGGAUCAGUACAGGUCUCUACCUCUCUCCUGGUAUGAAGACCUACAUGGCCAUACCACCAGAGAUUGUCAACAAGGAUUGGAAGAUCCAGAUUGGUUGUCAUACAGACAGACUCAAUGCUCAAGAGUUGAAGAGAGCACCAUGUGUUUAUGAGCGAUUCCUUAUUGACUCAGAGAUGAUGCAAGUGUGGAACUUGUGGGGGGGACUCAUCUAUCUGAUAGCCCCACCCAAAACACAAGUGGACAGGAUCGAAGUUGCAGUGCAGAUGGCUGUACCAGCACCAUAUUACAAAUCUGGUGUGACAACAGCUGCUGAGUGGUCCAAGCUGCGCAAAGCUCCUGCACCAUGGGCAGAGUUGGAGUUUGACAACAUCAUCCUGACUGUACCAUCCGAUUAUGCUCGGAACCUGGACAAUCCUGAUGAGUUGGCAGCGCACUGGAAUGAGAUCAUGAAGGCCAUUGCUGACCUGGCCGCUAAACCACACGAAUUUCCUCGUAAAGAACGAUUUGUUACGGAUGUGCAGAUUUCCGCUGGUUGGAUGCAUGCAGGUUAUCCUGUCAUGGCACACAAUCACUCAGCACCUGAGCUGGUCGACGUUACCAAUGCUUGGAGCAACGGUAUUUGGGGCCCCAUCCAUGAGCUGGGACACAACCAGCAGAGAAGCUGCUGGGAGUUGCCACCCAACACCACAGAGGCUACAUGCAACCUGUGGUCAGUGUAUGUGCAUGAAGAGGUGCUCGGGAUCAACAGGGAAAAGGCUCAUCCAUGUUUGACUGUAGAAAAUAGAAACAGUCGAAUAAAGGAGUAUGUUGAGGGAGGCAAGAAAAUCAACAGCUGGUCAGUGUGGCUGGCUCUGGAGACAUAUUUGCAGCUCCAGGAGAAGUUUGGCUGGGAUGGUCUGAAGAAGGUGUUUGCUGCCUACCACCAGAUGAGCAACUUUCCAAAAAACAAUGAAGGAAAGAUGAACCUGUAUGCUGAGACUUUCUCCAAGACUGUGGAGUUGAACCUGACUGGAUUCUUCAAGGCCUGGGGUUGGCCUAUCGAAAAAGCUACUGAAGAGAAACUCUCCAACCUGCCUCUGUGGAGUGACCAUCCCAUGGCCCAGUAUGCCUGAACUUCAAACUGCUGCAGAUUAAAAGUGUAGUGGGAUGGGUUUAUUGAGGUUUAUUGAAUAGUAUUGACUAUUCAGUGGGAAAUUAAAUGACUUUGUUUGCUCUUUUUUUCCAUGUAAGCACAAUAUUCAGGAAUUAGUAAGAAAACAGUUACUACUUUGUUUCAAAUUUGAGGAUGACUUAGAAAAACAGCUGACUUUUGUUUUUGAAAAUGCAGCAUCAAUAUCUCUGCUGCUUGCUUCAAUCUAGUUACAUUACUCCUCUUAGAUAAGUGUGAAGAUUUAUUGUAGGAAUUGGAAAGAUUCAUCUUUUAUUAUUUUCCUAACUGCCUCACCUUAAUGCUAUAAUUAACAGUCUAUAAUUAUAUAUGAUGAACAUAUGUCUAAUGUGUAAAUUCGCUAUAGUGAUAUUUGCUUUAACUGUCAAUGUCUAAGACCCAAAUAAACAAGUGCAAAUACAA